AUGGAGUCUGGCAACAUGGCCGUUUUUAUGGCUCUUGGAAACCUGGCAAAUACUUAUUUCCAAUUGACUCAAUGUCUCUCAGAUGCCCAGAUCAUGGCCGUAGACCUGAAUCAGAUUCAACCAGCAUUGAUACCUCCUGGCUUUAUGCCAAAGCAGUAUGACAUUGAAGAACCGUCUUGGGGGCCCCUACUGGCGGACUGCGACUUGAUUCAUAUGCGGAUGUUACUUGGCAGUAUUCAAACAGACUUGUGGCCUCAAGUCUACCACAAUGCCUUUGAGCACUUGACUCCAGGCGUCGGCUUCCUGGAGCACAUUGAGGUUGACUGGAUACCCCGAUGUGACGAUGAUGAGCGCCCAGCAAAUUCCGCAUUUGUGAAGUGGGCAGAGCUUUUCCUCGAUGGCAUGGAUCGAUUCAACCGCAGUGUCAGAGUCACACCGCAAGAACAUCGGCAAAUGCUCGAGGCUACAGGUUUCACAGAUGUCAGGCAGGAGGUGAUCAAGGCUUAUGUUUGCCCCUGGUCCGCUGAUCGAAACGAACGUGAAAUCGCCCGAUGGUUCAAUAUCGGACUGUCUCAUAGUCUGGAGGCCAUGAGUCUAAAACCCCUAAUCGAGAAACUCGGAUUCGAGGCCGAGGAUGUUCGUGAGCUAUGUGAGAGAGCGAAGCGCGAGACGUGCGUUUUGCGCUAUCACACUUAUUGUAAUAUUCAUGUCUGGACGGCUAGGAAGCCCGGGCCUCAACAGUAA